AAAAGUUAAAAAUUUAUAUUAAUUUUCGUCGUGAAAAUUAGAAAUUUUUUUCGAAAUAGUAUUCUAUUUCCCUUUUCACUCCUUGAUUUGAAAAUGGCGUAUAGAAAUUCGCUCGUGGACAGUGGCCGUAAAAAGCGGACCACCAUGCGCCGUGCGGCAUCCAAGGCUUGCAAGAGUGGCAGUGCCGCCCUGAAGAGUCCCAAGGGAAGGAAUAGAAAGAGCCGAGGAAAUAAAAAGAAAUCCUGCGCUAAACCCAAGAACCAGAGGAGGUCCACUAAGAACUGCCAGAAACGGGGUAAAGGUGGAAAGAAAGUGAAGUCAAUUCUAAAAAGUAAAUGCCAACGCAACAACGGCGCCUCCAAUCCGCGCCACGUCAAGUUUGAUGUCUGCAAAUGUACAGGGGAUCGAGCAAAAGGCCAGAAAAUCUGCCUUAAGUGCUUGGGAAACAUCUGUGAUUGGGCCAAGGCUGGUGUUACCCCCAGCGAGAUGCAACUGGUUCUAAGCCAUCGUUACAACAAGGGGCAGAAAUAGGCGCUGUCCUGCGUGGCAAUUACUGAUAAAAUGUUCAACCAAU